AGCAAUUUUUUAUUAUUACUUUUUUGAGCUCUUUUUAAAGGAUAUUUUUUAAUACAACUUCAAAAAAGAGGAAAAUUCUUAAGUUUCGCGAUAUUUAGAGACGUAUGUUAUCGGAAUGUAAUACUCUAGCCGUCGUAUAACAACGAAAGUUAACUCUCGCGAGCUUACGUUGUAUCGGCGAGAGUGCGAAAAGGACGGAACUACCACUGUCGCGAGUGUACGCGCCGUCCUCGCCGCGCCCCGCAGUGCAUGCGCGUCCGGCGUUGCGUUUGCGUAAUACUGAGUAAUUAAUUCAUUUUUUUUAAAUACUAUACCUAAAAUACUGAGUAAUUAGUCAAUUACCCUUAAAAAUGCACUCAAGAUCGAGGAGAAUUAUUGGUUUAGUGGAAAUAAACAGUAAGAAUGAACAACAACAAAACUUUGAAUCAGAGUCAGUAAUUUUAAAUCCAGAGUCGCCGCUACCCGCAAGCUGUACCUUUAAUGAAUCCGAUUGGAAUAACUUAAAGGAGCUGGUGGAUGAGGAACUCUCCUCGGAUAGAAAUUUAGUGCAAGAGGAACUCCAUAGUUUUAAUAUCCCCUCUGUAAGACCAUGCAAUUCAUUAAUAAUCGAAGAAAGUCCAGAGCAAAGUUCAUCUGUUAUCAUGGACAGCAGGGAAACAACUCCGGUACCUUCCCCAAAGUUAAACUUUGGGUCUCCCAUACCUUCCACAUCUCCUCCGCGUAAUGAAGUACAAGAACCCGUGCCUUCAGAACAGUUAGGUGAGAAUUAUGUUGAGCCUACACCAAGUGUAGAUUCAUAUAUAACUGUAUCGGAAUGUAAUUCUCCAUGUAGCAGCAUAGGAAACAAAAGGAAGCGUACUUUUAAAACUAACCCCGGAAAAAAAAGAUCUAGUUGCCCCGAAAAGUGGAUUGAUAACAAAAGAAAGCACUUAUUAAACUCUGGCCAACAAUACGUAAGUCGAAAUGGAAAUAUUAAAAAUAAAAAAGAAUUGCGUCCUGUUUGUUCAUCUUCAUGCAAAAUGAAAUGUUCUGAAAAAUUUGAUACAGACAUUCGUAAAAACAUUUUUAAUAAGUUUUGGGAACUUGCCGAUCAUACCAGACAAUGGGAAUUCAUCAAUAACUUUACAGAAAAAAAUAAUAAAAAACGAAUCACAACAGAGGGACCAUCUAGAAGACAAUUCACGACUAAGUAUUUUUUACCAAUACCAGCAGAUAAUACAUUAAUUACUCGACAACAGGUUUGUCUUAAAACAUUUUUAAAUACUUUCUGUAUAACUGAUCAAUUUGUGCGCACUGCCCAUAGUAAAUUGAGCCAAGAAGGGAUUACAUUAACGGACAAUAGGGGUAAACACUCCAAUCAUCCAAACGUCGUAGAUACUGCAAUGGUUAAGAGUGUCUGUGAUCACGUAGCUAGCUUCCAACCUGUAGAAUCACAUUACACACGUAAAGAUACCACUAAGUUGUACUUAGACAAUAAUUUAAAUAUGAACAGGAUGUUUUCUCUAUAUAAAGAAUGGGACCAAUUUUCAACCUAUAGCAAUCCAGCGCAAACCCUUCGUCAGUACAGAGACAUCAUUAAUGCUAAUAUGAACGUUGGGUUUUUUAUUCCUAAGAAGGAUAUCUGUGAUAAAUGUCAUAGUUAUUCUAACAAUACGUCUCCAACAGAAGAGCAAAUACAGGCUCAUAAUAAACACCUAGAGAAUAAGACAAUAGCUAGAGAGAUAAAGAAUAAUGACAAAGAGCAAGCAAUAAAAUCACCUGACACUGUAUGUGCAACAUUCGAUUUCCAAAAAAUUUUAAAUUGUCCCCAUGGAGACGUAGGUUUAUUUUAUUAUAAACGUAAAUUGUCUAUAUUUAACUUUACCGUUUUUGAUUUGGGUUUAAAAGAAGGCACAUGUUACAUGUGGACGGAAUGCACGGGUAAAAGGGGAGCUAACGAAGUAAGUAGCUGUUUGAUGCAUUUUGUGAACAUAAAGGUUGCGGGAGGUGCUAAAAAGUUCUUAUUUUGGUCCGAUAACUGUGCGGGUCAAAAUAGAAAUAGAGUCGUAUAUUCAUUCUAUAUGUACAUUUCAAAAUGCUAUGGCAUUGAUAUUACUCAUCGUUUUAUGGAGCAAGGCCAUACACAAAAUGAGGGCGAUAGUGUCCACGCCCUUAUUGAGAGAGAAUCUAAAAGAAAACUAAUUUAUACGCCUGACCAGUGGUAUGCAUUAGUACGAUGGGCAAAGGCUGAAGGGAGACCCUACAACGUUGUAGAAGUAACCAAAAAAUCUGGAGAAACGAAGGAUUCUCGUGGGCCUUGUGAUGUGCUUGCCUAG